CGUUUUGAAAUCUAUGACCUCGGACACACAACAUAUUUAUGUUAUUUGGUACAGCGGAUUUUAGAUUUUUUAUUCUGAUAGAUGAAGUACAAUACUAUUGUUGUACACGAUGUAUAACAUAUAAGCGCAUUGUAAAAUACUUUUUCAUCAGAUAUUGUGACCAAAGUUAUACUAACUUCAGGUUAAUUACUCGCAAUGUCCUUGUACAUUAAUACCAAUGUUCAAUUAUACUAUGGACCAUAGCAGUAUUUGUACUUGUAUUGAUUCAUUUGCGUUCGAUGUACCCAUUUUGAGAAUCGACAACAAAGGCACAUAAUUCUAUUUAUAAUUAUUUGCGAUUCAAAUAACUUUUAAUUAAAAUGUCUCCAAUGACUUUUGACGCACAAAAGAGCUUGAAUGUGGAAUGGAUGGGUAACAAAUCUAUAUUGGUUCGAAACGCCUACAAGUGUUAUUCAGAUAUUGUUAGCAUGAAAGGUCUAAAUAUGACGGUGCCCUGCGGAUCAAUAUAUGGACUUCUCGGGCCUAGCGGUUGUGGCAAAACGACUCUGCUGAACUGCAUACUUGGCCAAACUCCAUUAGACGCGGGUAACAUCUAUUUGAAAGUGCAAAGAUUGUCGGACAUUAGCUAUAUGCCUCAAGACAUUACACUGCACCAUAAUUUGACGGCGCGUCAAACUUUUAUAUUUUACGGCAAGUUGUACGGUAUAGGCGAAGAAGACAUAAAAACCCGAAUUAAAGAACUUGAUCGCAUACUGUGUUUGCCCAGAUUAGAUGAACAAAUUAAAAAUUUAAGUGGCGGAGAACAAAGGCGACUAUCGUUUGGGGUGGCAUUGUUUCACGAUCCCAAAAUCAUGAUACUCGACGAGCCGACUGUCGGGGUAGAUCCAGUUAUUAGAGAAAGCAUUUGGGACCAUCUAGUCAAAUUGUCUGCGAACGGUAAAACCAUAGUCAUAACCACUCACUACAUUGAAGAGGCCACGAGAGCAAACGUGGUGGGUCUGAUGCGAAACGGCACAUUGGUCGGAGAAGAUUCACCGUCGUCUCUGAUUUCGAAACAAAACGUAUCGACCUUAGAAGAAGCGUUUUUGUCUCUGUGUUGCGCCCAAGAAUCUGGAAAUGUGUUCAAUAAUGUUGAUCACGAUUUAACGUCAUUUACACAGCCUCGCCCGAAUUUGAAAAACGACACGUUUUCAUGGAGACGAUUUCGUGCACUCACAUACAAGAACGGAGCCUUUUUGUACAAAGAUCAUACGUUUUUAUUUUUUACUUUUUUUCUGCCAUUGGUUCAAACUGUGUUCUAUAAUCUAUGCAUUGGUCAUUCUGUACAAGACGUGAACUUUGCCAUUGUUAACGAUGAGAUGAAAAAUUGCGGUUCGUACGUUCACCACGAUUCGUGCUUCCUGAAUGAUGUUAACUAUACAAAAUUAAGUUGCACGUUUAUCGAAAAUUUGCGAUACUUCAACAAGCGACUGGUGAACCGGCAUAAAGGUCAGACAAAAAUGUGUUACUCACAUCCGUUUGGUAUUUGUUUCCAGGUGCACUAUCCGAAUUUAGAAUCCAGCAAGGUGGCGUUGAACGCUAAUGACGUUUCGGGAAUAUUGUAUUUCGCCCACAAUUACACGAAAUCCCUGAGAAAACGUGUACAGAGACGGGCAAACUUAUACGACAUGAACUCUAGCUCGGUACAAGUCUACUCGGAAUUUAGCAAUUAUAUUAUUAGACAAAAAAUCAAAAGAGACGUUUAUAAGACUUUCGAGAAAACUAUAAAUGAAGCUACUAAGCAAUGCAAUAAAAACAUGAAGUCGGUUUCAUCGCCCAUCGUGAUCCAAAAAGUAGGAAAAGUUCAAAUCACGGAGUUUAUUCAUUCGUCCGCUCCUGGGUUUAUAGCGUUAUUGGCUUUUUACUUUCCAAUGAUAUUAUCUACCGGGCUGAUGCUGACAGAAAAAGACGAAGGAAUAAUGAGUCGAAUCAUGGCCGCCGGGGUUACGUUUGAGGAGUUGCUGUUCUCCAUGUUUUGUCUUCAGACUUUUGUUCAUAUCAUACAGUCGGCCAUUGCGAUGUUCAUGAUGUUCACCGUGUUUGACAACCCGAUUUUAAUGGAAAACUUUUGGUCGGUCGUCGCCAUCGUAAUGCUAACCGGAUAUCAGGGGAUGUUUGCAGGAAUACUCGCUGCCGCUUUUUCAAACUCCUACACCAUGGCCACUCAUAUUAACAUGGGGACAAACGUGUUAUUCACCUGCUUAUGCGGUCUAAUUUGGCCGAUGGAAGGAGCUCAUCCAGUAUUAAGAGCUUUUAAUAAAUACUUGCCUCUAUCCGCUUCGUCGGAAACUAUUGGUAAUUUAGCUCUCAGAGGAUGGUCGAUCAAACAUCCGGCGGUACAGAGAGGCUUUGUUUUGAAUUCCUUUUGGAUAAUUGCAUUUGCGGUGCCACUACUUUUUUUUAAUUCAAUGAAAAAAGAUAUGUGGAUCAAACGGAAGUAGUACAGCCAAUUAAUAAUAUAAUAAUAAUUAUUUGCUCGACAACAAUAUAUUACACUGAAUGUCGUGUGUUAUAAUAAUGUCCACAUAAUAUUAUGAUGUAAUUAGUAAUAAUAACAGUC